AUGGAUACCUUCCUGUUCACCUCUAAAUCCGUCAAUGAGGGACACACUCUCAAGCUCUGUGACCAGAUCUUUAAUGUUGUGCUUGAUGCUUGCCUUGCCCAUUACCCUGACAGCAAGGUUGAUUGCGAGACCUGCACCAAGACUAACAUGGUUAUUAGCUUUGUCUCUGAUGAUGGUGGUUUCGAUACUGACCAUUGCAAAGUGCUUGUUAACAUUGAGCAGCAGUUCCCUGCUAGGAAACCGCUCUACUGUUUAUAG